UUGCUGGAGAAUAAAGAUUCAGAAUAUGAAUAAAAAGGCAUCGUUGCAUUCCAUUCAUAUUUUGAAAGUUAGCGGAAGUGCAGCGGCUGACGUCGUUAUUGUAGCUUGACAUGGCGGACCUCGCUCGGUGUUAGAAAAACGCUCCACGCAGGAUCUGGAGGAAGAUGCUGACGAAACGGGAGCAGCUGCUUUCCGUCAGACAAUCCCCCGGUGAAGAUGAGACCAUGGUCCCUGUACUGACCUCCAGAAAAGCCAGUGAACUCCCUGUCCAUGAGGUGGUGUGUGUCCUGCAGGCGGACCCCCAGCUGGGUCUUACCCAGGAUGAGGUGAUCAGGAGGAGAACGUACCACGGCUGGAACGAGUUUGACAUCAGUGAAGAAGAGCCGCUGUGGAAGAAGUACAUCUCACAGUUCAAAGAUCCUCUGAUCCUCCUGCUCCUGGCCUCAGCUGUCAUCAGUGUUCUCAUGCACCAGUUUGACGACGCCAUCAGCAUCACCGUGGCCAUCAUCAUCGUGGUGACGGUUGCCUUCGUACAGGAGUAUCGCUCAGAGAAGUCUCUAGAAGAACUGGGGAAGCUGGUUCCUCCACAAUGUCACUGUAUCAGGGAAGGACACCUCGAGAACAUGCUGGCCAGAGACCUGGUCCCUGGAGAUACUGUCUGUCUGUCUGUGGGGGAGAGAGUCCCAGCAGACCUGCGUCUGUUUGAGGCCGUCGAUCUGUCGGUGGACGAGUCCAGCCUCACAGGAGAGACCACGCCCUGCUCCAAGUCCACCUUACCUCAGCCGCUCACCUCCAACGGGGACAUCGCCUCCCGCAGCAACGUGGCCUUCAUGGGGACGCUGGUGCGAUGCGGCAAAGCCAAGGGCAUUGUGAUCGGAACUGGAGAGAGCUCCGAGUUUGGAGAAGUUUUUAAGAUGAUGCAAGCUGAGGAGGCACCAAAGACCCCGCUGCAGAAGAGCAUGGACCUGCUGGGGAAGCAGCUGUCCCUCUACUCCUUUGGCAUCAUAGGUGUCAUCAUGCUGGUGGGCUGGCUGCAGGGCAAGAGGAUCAUGGACAUGUUCACCAUUGGAGUCAGUCUGGCGGUGGCAGCCAUCCCCGAGGGUCUUCCCAUCGUGGUGACGGUGACUCUGGCGCUGGGUGUGAUGAGGAUGGUGAAGAAACAAGCCAUCGUCAAGAAGCUGCCCAUCGUAGAAACUCUGAGCUGCUGUAACGUGAUCUGCUCGGACAAGACUGGAACCUUGACGAAGAACGAGAUGACGGUCACUCAGAUGUUCACCUCAGACGGACUCCAUGCUGAGGUAACGGGUGUGGGCUACAACAACCAGGGAGAAGUCCUAGUGGACGGUGAGAUGGUCCACGGCUUCUCCUGCCCGUCCAUCACCAGGAUUGUGGAGGCUGGCUGUGUGUGUAACGACUCUGUGAUCAGAAAUAACAACCUGCUGGGACGUCCAACAGAGGGGGCGCUCAUCGCCCUUGCCAUGAAGAUGGGCCUGGAGACCCUGCAGAAGGACUACGUGCGUCUGGAUGAAAUCCCCUUCAGUUCGGAGCAGAAGUUCAUGGCAGUUCGUUCUGUUCAUCGGGCUCAGCAGGACAGAGCCAUUUACUUCCUGAAGGGGGCGUAUGAACAGGUGAUUCGUUUCUGCAGCUCCUACAACAGCCGAGGAAACAGCUUUCCCCUCAGCCAACAGCAGAGGGAGCUAUACCAGCAGCAAAUCAGUUACAUGGGCUCAGCCGGACUCAGAGUCCUGGCAUUUGCAUCAGGAGGAGAAAUGGGCUCUCUCACCUUUCUGGGUCUGGUGGGAAUCAUCGACCCGCCCAGGUCAGGGGUCAAAGAAGCCGUGGCCACGCUCAUCAGCUCAGGCGUUGCUGUGAAGAUGAUCACGGGAGACUCUCAGGAAACGGCUGUGUCUAUAGCCAGUCGUCUGGGACUUUUCUGCAAAGGUUCUCAGUGUCUGUCUGGAGAAGAGGUGGACCAGCUGGACCUUCAGCAGCUGUCGACCAUGGUCCACAGAAUCUCUGUCUUCUAUCGAGCCAGUCCUCGACACAAGCUGAAGAUAGUUAAGUCGCUGCAGAACAACGGUGCUGUGGUGGCCAUGACAGGUGACGGCGUGAAUGAUGCCGUGGCUUUGAAGGCGGCCGACAUUGGCGUUGCCAUGGGACGCACCGGCACUGACGUCUGUAAGGAGGCGGCAGACAUGAUCCUGGUGGACGACGACUUCAGGACCAUCUUGUCGGCCAUUGAGGAAGGAAAAGGAAUUUACAACAACAUCAAGAACUUUGUCCGGUUUCAGCUGAGCACGAGCAUCGCAGCACUGACCCUCAUCUCCUUGGCGACGCUGAUGAACUUCCCAAAUCCCCUGAACGCUAUGCAGAUUCUGUGGAUCAACAUCAUCAUGGACGGACCUCCAGCUCAGAGUUUGGGGGUGGAGCCUGUGGACCAGGAGGUGAUAAAGAAACCUCCCCGUAACGUCAGAGACAGCAUCCUCACCCGCAGCCUCAUCUUCAAAGUUCUGCUCUCAGCGUUCAUCAUCGUCAGCGGAACGCUCUUCGUCUUCUGGAGAGAGUUGCAGGACAACGUCAUCACUCCUCGUGACACCACCAUGACCUUCACCUGCUUCGUGUUCUUCGACAUGUUCAACGCAUUGAGUUCCCGCUCACAGACCCGUAUGGUCCAUGAACUGGGCGUGUGCAGUAACAGGACCUUCUGUCUGGCCGUCCUGGCCUCCAUCAUGGGUCAGCUGCUGGUCAUCUACUUCCCUCCUCUGCAGAGGAUCUUCCAGACAGAGAGCCUCAGUAUCUUUGACCUCCUCUUCCUGGUCAGCCUCACCUCGUCUGUGUGUGUGGUGUCAGAGGUCGUGAAGAAGGUGGAGAGGAUGAAGUCAUCACACAAGACUCCGCCCUCCGACUUCUUCCAUGAGGUAUGACCCCGCCCACGUCACCCUGUCAAUCUGGAUCGGACACCCCACCACAGGGGACCAGCAAACGGACGCAAGCAGGUGGGAGUUCCAGGAGGGGGAGGGGUAAGAGAGACGUUUCCAUAGUAAAUGCUCAGGUGGGCGGGGCCUGUCUGGUCUGACGAUGUUGGAGGGGUGGAGCCACUUGAAAACAUCAAACGAAACUUUCAAAAUGGCUGCCACUCAUGUUGACCCACACUUCGCCCUGCCCCCCUCCCCCAGUACCUCCCGUGUUCCAUCUCCCAACUGACGCCAACCUGACCCUGGAUCUGACUGGUCAUGUGACCCGGCUUGUCAUGUGAGUCAUCUGAAGAAAAUGAUUACACUUCUGAAGGGGGCGAUAGCGAGGUUUUCUUUUUUUUUUGGUUUUUGUUUUAAACCGAGGAUGUUUGAUUUUAACUGUCCAAGGUGAAGGUUAACAGAACAAAUCCAAGGUUUUUUUUUUUAGUUUCUGUUUGAAGUCGACAUGAGGAAGAAGUGUGGUCUGAAACAGAGACUCUCUGAUGAAAGCUCCCUUUUUUCCUCUUUGAUCAAAUGUUUUCGUCUUAAUCGAACUACUGAAAACAGUUUUCAAAAACCUGCUGAAUUAUGAAAGAAAAUCAAACUUCCUGUGAGAAACCCCACCCCAAAAAUAUAAAAAUGAUGUAAAGAUACAAAACACUAGUUUGAUUGAACAGAAACACUGACAUUAAAAUGGACUUUGGUCCAAAACAAGAACAAAAAAUUUAAAAACAUUCUAUUAAAAAGUGUCUUUGUUUUAAACCAGGAGCUGAAAUGGAAAUAAAUGUUUCGUCAAAUCUGCUGAGUCACACACUGGAUAUGUUAACGUUAGCUUCUCCUGUUAGCUUGUCCAUUCAGCCUUCCCAUCAUCCUUCAGCUGCUCACCUGACAAAUUGAAUAAUCAAAGAUUUUCUAUUUUCUAUUAUAAUGACAUUUUUUCUUGUGAUGCUGUCUUUUUUUUUUUUUGUAUUAGCUCUGAAUCUGUCCCAUUUUGGACUUGAUGUGUAAGAAAAUGGGCGGGGCAUCUGUCGCCAGAGGAGGCAGUUGUUUUUUCAAAUGCAGUAAAGACCUGACCCUCCAGGUCACAUUCCAUCUCUCCAUUCCUUUUAGUUUUCCGUUUUCAUAUUUAAAAAAAACUUUUCAUCUGUAAAUAAACAAAAACACAUCAGCGACUGCAGAGCUUUGAACUCUGCUAAAAAACACCCAGUGAACACCACUGCCCCUGGUGGCUGCAGCGUGACAACACAAAAAUGCUGCAUCAACAGCACCUUCAUCCUGUGCCUUAGGAAAAUGUCACCCUUUACAAAAUGACAACUUUAAACAAAAAAGUCUGAUGCCACUUGAUCACUGCAGUUGAACUGCAUUGUGGGUAAGAACUGAAAUUCUCCAGGUACAGAUGAGUUGUGGAUUUGAGAUUAUUUUUUUCAUACCUAUUUCCUUUCAUCACAUUGUUAACGUUGAUAUUCAGUGUUUCACGUCUGUCACAUGUCACGCGAGCUCAUGUGUCAGUCCAUUAAAAAAGUCAAACCAAAUCUGGUCUAAAAAUCUGUCUGUUUUUUUUUUUUUUUUUAAGCAUCGUCAUGUUUAUAUUGUAGAACAACUGAUUUUACGCGUUUAAAUAGAGUGCUGCAGUUCACAGAGAAAAGCAGUGGGUGGCGCUAAUUAUACUGUACAGGUGCAGGUCACAACAGAAGAACGCGUCGGCUGCGAUCAGGGUGACGUCAACGUUUGUUGGAGCGAUGAAAUCUCGUGUUCGAUGCCCUAAUUACACUUCCUCUGUAACGGUUCCCUCUGGUUCAAAACCAGGUCGAAACUAACGUUUAAAAAUGAUUUUGAUCCAAAAUAUUAGUGGUGGUUAUCACAAGUACAUUCUUCAAUGUAUUUUUCCUGCAGUCAUUUUUUUUUUUUGUCAAGUGGUUUCCUCUGUCAGUGGAUGAUGAGCUGCUGCGGCUGUACAAACAGUUGUAUCACUGGCGCCCCCUGUCUUCUGUUUUAUUUAUUGAGUGUCUGUGAAAGAGAAUUAAAUGUACAUUAAAGUUUUAUAGAUCUUUUAAA